AUGGUGGAUUGCCAGCCAAUGCCAACUCCUCUUGUACAACGAAUGGAUGUUACUUCUGAUACAACACCACUUGGUGAUCCCACACACUUUCGUGGCCUUGUAGGCUCGUUACAAUAUUUAACACUUACUCGUCUCGAUUUAUCAUAUAGUGUCAACUAUGUUUCACAAUUCAUGCACAAUCCAACAAUGUCUCACUUGAAAUAUGUUCGUCGUAUUUUACAAUAUUUAAAAGGAACAAUACAUUAUGGUCUUUCAUUUACGGCAGAUACAUCACUUGCUCUUAGUGCUUUUUCAGAUGCAGAUUGGGCGGGUUGUCCAACCACACGGCGGUCCACUACCGGCUAUUGUACGUUUCUCGGCGCUAAUAUCAUCUCCUGGUGUGCAAUGAAACAACACACUGUUGCUCGCUCUAGCACCGAGACAGAGUAUCGUUCCAUGGCUCACACAGUAGCAGAGCUCACUUGGCUUGGUUAUCUCUUAGAUGACUUGCGAGUUUAUCCUACCAGGCCGCCAAUUUUAUAUGGCGAUAAUCUAAGUGCGUUACACUUGACAGUCAAUCCUGUUUUACACACACGAAGUAAACAUGUUGCCCUUGAUUAUCACUAUGUCAGAGAACGCGUUGCUCAAGGAGUUCUGAUCACGAGAUACAUUCCCUCAGCAUAUCAAGUUGCUGAUAUAUUUACCAAGUCAAUGACAAAAACUCGCCUAGCACAAUUUCGACGCAAACUCUAUCUCCAUCCUGGACACAGUUUGAGGGGGGAUAUUAGUUCAGGGAGUCAUAAGGAUGGUUCCACCUCUCAGGAGUAA